UAAGCUUUGAUCAAAAAGCCUGUAAAUGCAAAAUAUUGAAAGAAGCUGAAAACCCUCAAAGUGGGCUAAAAAGCAACUCCUAAAACAUAAAAAAUGCUUAGUAAUUUUCUACCUUUUCUUCUUCCCCAAGCAGGUUAUUGACUACCGCAGUGCAAUGCGGAAAAUACAGAGCAGCUCAAAUUCUAUAAGUAUGACAUUCUGGAUCAGGAGAACAUACAGAGCAGCUCUUCAUAGGAAGAGAUCCAUAGAGAUAUUACUCAGCACCAGCAAUCCAAAUUAUUUCCCAAGUCAGGUACGCUAUCAAAGAGACAAGGCCAGAGAGAGAUGGCGGCAGUGGAAGCACUGAAACCGGCGAUAAAAGUCGUCGCUCUUUGCGGUUCUCUCCGCAAAGCUUCCUUCAAUCGAGGCCUCGUCCGUUCUGCGAUGAAGCUGUGCAAGGACUCGAUCCCCGGAAUGGAGAUGGAGUACAUAGACAUAGCGCCGCUACCGAUGCUCAACACCGAUCUGGAAGUCAACGGCAAGUUCCCGCCGGUCGUCGAGUCUUUCCGGCAGAAGAUUCAAGAAGCCGAUAGCAUCCUCUUCGCUUCUCCCGAGUACAAUUACUCCGUUACCGCUCCGCUGAAGAACGCAAUAGAUUGGGCAUCCAGACCUCCCAACGUUUUCGCAGACAAGGCUGCUGCCUUAGUGAGUGCCGGAGGGGGUGCGGGCGGGGGUCGAUCCCAGUACCACAUUCGCCAAAUCGGAGUUUUUCUCGAUCUCCAUUUCAUCAACAAGCCCGAGUUUCUCCUCAGAGCAUUCGAACCUCCCCUGAAGUUUGACGGCGACGGGAACUUGAUUGAUCCAGAGACUGAGGAGAAGUUGAAGAAUGUUCUUCUGGCUCUGCAGGCUUUCACGCUGCGGCUUCAGCACAAGCGCUUGGCUUCUGGCUGACCAAAACAAGAAAGAGAAGAGAACAAAACAAUGGAGAAUAAAUGAAUUGUGCCUUGAUUCUGUGAUUUAGGUAUUAAUUGCAUUCCAGUGUGAGAAGAAGGAUGUGAAAUUGUAGUUCUCUUUGGAUUACAGUAUCUCCAAAUUUAUACUAAUUUGUGGUGGGAUAGUUCGAAGCAUUGUUCUUUAAUUGGAAGGCCUAUGAACAAAUCGAGAAAUUUUUACAGCCAA